GCCAACCGCCACCAUCGCUACUCAACAGUUCACAUCAAUUCAAUUUGCGUAUUGCCCUCGCAAUACGGUUCUCGCAACAGUUUGCAUUUUAUAAUUUGCUAUAUAACAAUUUCGUUUCGUUCGGCGGUGAGUGGGGAAAGGUGAUGUGAAGAUUGUCGAAAAGAUCCCGCUCAAAUCCCACAUGCCGUCGGCCGUUAUAUCACCGAGUGACAUUUCCGAAAAAGAGAAUCUCCCAGAGGUAGAAAACGUGGAGAAUAAUGAUAGGUUAUCUGUGAAAAAUAAAAUGAUCGCCAGUAGCCCUGGCGGGGAUGGAGUUUUAUCUCCACCGCCGAGAACCAGACGGUACGCCGGAAGCCUGCCAGAGCAAAAUGUAGCCGGACCUUCGUCGCAGCAGGCAGGAAGAAACACGAAGGUUGGCGUUCGGAAGCGGCCGGCUCGUUCCGAGCGAAAAGGGAUGAAAAGGCACGCCGGAACCGUCUCCGUGGAUCAGCGCACCCUCGACGGUAUGUUUCUCAAAGUUAAAGACGGAUCACCAGAGGCUCCGAAGUCCCCCCUGACCCGCAUAGUCAAGGUCGAAAUUGCGGAUGAAUCCGCUGAGGACCUCGUGAAGACGGACGACAAUCUCGUCGUUGAAAAGAAGAUCAAGUUGACCGACCACUCGGAGGUUUACAUGGAUGAGGGUGAGGGUGGGAAGCUGGCUGCGGUGCCAGCUCCGAUCGACAAACCCAGAUCUCUUCCAGAAAAGUGCCAAAUUUGUCGUCAGCUGCUCUUUGACGACGACCUUAAAUUGUAUCAGGGUCAUCCGAACGGCGCAGUGGAAGAAUUCAUUGCUCUAACAGACCCCAGACUAUCGCUGUUCACUGGUGAGGAGUCUAUGAUUAACGAGAGUGAUGAAAGGCCACAGAAUAAGCUCACUCAUUUCAGCGUCUAUGACAAAAAUGGUCAUCUUUGUCCAUUCGAUACUGGACUCAUAGAAAGAAACGUGCUGCUCUACUUUUCUGGCUAUAUGAAAGCAAUUUAUGAGGAAAAUCCUGAUCCAGAAGGGGGUGUCCCAACAAUGGACAUGGGGCCGAUAAACGAGUGGUGGGUGACAGGGUUUGAUGGUGGCGAAUUGGCACUUAUAGGGUUCAAUACAGCGUUUGGAGAGUACAUUUUAAUGGAGCCAUCGGAGGCUUAUGCACCUUUUAUGGAAGCAGUGAGAGAAAAGAUCCACAUCAGUAAGUUGGUAAUCGAAUUCUUGCUCGACGAAAUCAAUCCAACUUAUGAGGAUUUGCUCAACAAAUUACAGACAACUGUUCCACCCAAAGGCUUGUUCAAAUUCACGGAAGACUCUCUCUUGAGGCACGCUCAAUUCGUUUGCGAUCAAGUUCUGUCCUUUGAUGCUUCUGCGACUCCGGGAGAAUCACUGCUACUUACAAGUCCGUGCAUGCGAGCACUGGUCAACUUGGCAGGUGUGACAGUUGGGAAGAGAUUAGCGAUGCGAAAAGCACACCGUAAAUAUCAAAAAGAUAAAAAACCUGCAUGGACAAAGGCCACUACGACGCACCUGGUUAAAAAUGUGUUUGAGACGUUUUUUACCGAUCAGUUGGACAAGGAAAAUGACAGGGAAAAAGGCGUUGGUGGUCCCAAGAGGCGAAGAUGUGCUGUGUGCGAGGCAUGUCAACAACCUGACUGCGGCCUGUGCAUCCAUUGCAAAGACAUGACUAAAUUCGGGGGCUCCGGAAGAAGCAAACAAGCCUGUAUCCAGCGCAGAUGUCCAAAUAUGGCUCUUCAGGAGGCAGACGACUCGGAUCCGGAAAACGAAGAAGAGUACGAAGCGUUGGCAGUAUGCAAGGCUACUGUGACUCAAAAAGUGUCGAAGGGAUUGAGAAAUGUUAGAAAAGAAAUAAAAUGGAUAGGGGAACCGAUCAUCCAAGAUGGAAGAAAGACCUUUUACGAAUCUGUUAUGCUAGGUGACGAAGAAAUACACCCCAAUGACUGCGUUCUCAUUGAGCCCAGCGACCCAGCAGUACCUCUCUACAUUGCUCGAGUGGUAUACAUGUUCGAAACAAAGAAUGGAGACAAAUUGUUUCAUGCAAAUUGGUUCUGCAGAGGCAGUGAUACCGUCUUGGGGGAAACGUCCGAUCCCAUUGAACUAUUUCUCAUAGACGAAUGCGAGGAAACUCCGUUUGCUUCCGUCAAGUGCAAGGCCAACGUCAUUCGCAAACAGAUACCCAGUAACUGGUCAAUGUUAGGUAACGAAGAAUUAAAACCAGAAGACGAUAUCAAAGAUACUGACGGAAGGACGUUUUUUUAUCAGAAACAAUACACGGCGGAAACUGCCAGAUUCGAAGACCCUCCGGUGCCAUCGACUUGCUCGCGACCGGAAAUUAUGCACAGAUUUUGUGCAGCCUGCGAUCGAUUCAGUGCAAAUCAAGGCACAAACAUACCGAAGGUGGACGAACGCGGCGAGCAGAAGAGUAGCAAAGAAGUGAUAUACGGAAUCGUGCGUUACAAAGGUGAUGAAUUCAGAGUGGGGACAACAGUUUACUUGAUACCCGGAACAUUUAAAUUCAGAUAUGGUAUAACUAAAACCGAUUCGCCCAAGACGAAAAAAGAAAACGUUGAUGAAGACAUGUAUCCGGAGUUUUACCGUAAAUCUUCUGACCACGUAAAAGGGUCGAAUUAUGAUACACCAGAACCAUUCCACAUCGGUCAUAUAAGCGCGAUCUAUGCCUCAACAACGGACAAACUUGUAUCGUCUAGUGACAUCUGGAUCACGGUUUCAAAAUUGUACAGGCCAGAAAACACCCACAAAAAGCAUACUCUGAUGGAACAAGCGGAUCUUAACAUACUGUAUUGGAGCAACGAAGUGUGCAACAUCCGAUUUGAGAAAGUGGUUGGAAAGUGUUACUUGAUGUACACUGAAAAUUUGAAUCAGUCGAUCGAAGAAUGGUCAGCAGCCGGACCGAACCGUUUCUACUUCUCCCAAGCUUACAGUGUAGAUGAGAAAUUAUUUGAAGAACCACCUUUGCAUGCGACAAAUAUUGGUAAACAAGGUAAGGGCAAAGGAAAGGGUAAAGGAAAAGGGAAGAGCACAAAGCUUCAGGAUGAUUCGAAAAAACCGUCAACUGAAACCGCUCCAGACUAUCCUCUGGUCGAUAAACGCCUGCAAACUUUCGACGUUUUUGCAGGAUGCGGCGGAUUAUCCGAAGGCCUUCACAGAGCUGGCAUCGCAGAGAGUCGCUGGGCAGUGGAGAAAGAAGAGCCAGCUGCACACGCUUUCCGUCUAAACAAUCCCAACGCAAUUGUCUUCUCUGAAGAUUGCAAUCGGUUGUUAAGAAUGGUUAUGGAUGGAAAUCUAAAAGAUGAGCACGGCCAGCCGCUUCCGCAGAGGGGAGCAGUUGAGCUACUGUGCGGAGGACCGCCUUGCCAAGGUUUCAGCGGCAUGAAUCGCUUCAAUUCAAGGCAGUAUUCGCUGUUCAAGAAUUCUCUCGUUGUCUCCUACCUGUCGUUCUGUGAUUACUAUAGGCCCAAGUUUUUCAUAAUGGAAAAUGUGCGAAACUUUGUCACAUUUAAACGGAGUAUGGUGCUAAAGUUAACGCUUAGAUGCUUGGUGCGAAUGGGGUAUCAGUGCACCUAUGGGAUCCUCCAAGCUGGAAACUACGGAGUACCGCAGACAAGGCGAAGGCUGGUCAUUCUAGCCGCUGCACCUGGAGAGAUACUUCCCAAAUAUCCAGAGCCGACCCACGUGUUCAGCAAACGUGCCUGUCAAUUGAGUGUCGUUGUAGACGAUAAGAAGUAUUCCUCGAAUUGCGAGUGGACAGAAUCAGCGCCGUAUAGAACGAUCAGCGUUCGAGAUGCUAUGUCCGAUCUGCCAGACAUAAAAAAUGGUUGGAACAAAGAAACCAUGCCAUAUGGCGGCGAGGCACUUUCACAUUUCCAGAGAAAGAUGCGAGGAUAUCAGUAUCAGCCAGCCUUAAAGGAUCAUAUUUGUAAGGAAAUGGCACCACUUGUCGAGGCUCGAAUGGCUCAUAUUCCAACGGCGAGUGGCUCAGAUUGGAGAGAUCUACCAAAUAUCAUCCUCAAGUUGAGCGAUGGGACUUUCGCCAAGAAAUUACAAUAUACGCAUCACGACAAAAAAGCUGGCAAAAGUUCAACGGGGGCUUACCGAGGAGUUUGUAGCUGCUGUACAGGGAAGAUGUGCGACCCAAUGGAUAGGCAAUUCAAUACACUCAUUCCGUGGUGCUUGCCUCAUACAGGAAACCGUCAUAAUCACUGGGCCGGUCUCUACGGACGGUUGGAAUGGGACGGAUUUUUCAGUACAACAAUCACGAAUCCUGAACCAAUGGGCAAACAGGGUCGAGUUUUACAUCCUGAACAAACUAGAGUGGUCAGUGUCAGAGAGUGUGCCAGAUCACAGGGAUUCUCGGACACGUAUCGGUUCUUUGGCAGCGUACUUGACAAGCACAGACAAGUGGGGAAUGCGGUUCCCCCACCGAUGGGAACAGCAAUAGGACACGAGAUUAGAAAGUGUUAUCACAAACGGGAAGCGGAACGAACGAAGACUGCAAACGAAUUCGGUAUCAAGGUUGAAUCCUAAGCAGAAAAGAAACCCGACAAAUAUUUUGUGAUUUUUAAACAAACAAUGAGUGACGGGUGUUGAG